UUAAUGUGGCUCGUGCACGCCCACACCCAGCUCGGGUGGAGUCGGCAUAUAAAAUACCAAGUGCGAGGAAUGUGCAGGUUUUUCCUGCUUCUACAGACAAAAGUCUCUGUUUCAAAUUUCCUCUGUUAAACCACAAAAAAGUUAGUUACCAUGCCGUCUGAUCUGGAGAGAGCUAUGGAAACGCUGAUCACAGUUUUUCACCGAUAUGCUGGAAAGGAGGGCAAUACCAAUACACUGAGCCGCAAAGAGCUCAGGACGCUCAUGGAGUCAGAGCUCACCAACUUCCUUAAGUCUCAAAAAGACCCUGCCACCGUUGACAAGAUUAUGAAAGAUCUGGACGCCAAUGGGGAUGGAGAGGUGAGCUUUGAAGAGUUUGUGUCCCUUGUGGUUGGUCUGUCCAUUGCCUGUGAACAGUGUUACCAGCUGCACCUUAAAGGAAAGAAGUAAAGAGAGAGAGCUGGCGAUGAUUUUCUACUGACUGUUAUUGUAUAAACAAGCUUUAAUAAAUGAAAUUGCAAACCA